UUCCACUAUUUUAUCUCGUCUUUCUUUCCAUCAAAGGAGACGGAGAGAAAGAAAGAAAACUAUCAAUUUUCUUUUCUAAUUCAAUUGCUUCUCCAUCUGAAGAUUCAGAUCUCAAACAAACUCGAUCAAACAUUUUAACCAUCACACAAUUCCUUGAAAGAAAGAAAAAAAGAAAAAUAAUUUUUCUACUUUCCUCCUGGUUGAAAAAAGAAGACGAAUAGAACAAUCACAAAGAUUGACAAUGGCAACAGUGUCCCCUCUCGCCAAGUACAAACUUGUCUUCUUAGGCGAUCAGUCCGUAGGAAAAACCAGCAUCAUCACUCGCUUCAUGUACGAUAAGUUUGACACCACUUAUCAGGCUACGAUUGGAAUCGACUUUUUGUCAAAGACAAUGUAUCUCGAAGAUCGAACUGUUAGAUUGCAGUUGUGGGAUACAGCUGGACAAGAGAGAUUUAGGAGUCUUAUUCCUAGCUAUAUUCGAGAUUCUUCUGUUGCUGUCGUAGUAUAUGACGUAGCCAACAGGCAAUCAUUCUUAAAUACUUCUAGGUGGAUUGAAGAGGUACGAACAGAACGAGGGAGUGAUGUUAUCAUAGUGCUCGUUGGCAACAAAACCGAUCUCGUUGAAAAAAGGCAAGUGUCGAUAGAGGAAGGAGAUGGCAAGGCUAAAGACUUUGGAGUUAUGUUUAUAGAGACUAGUGCAAAAGCAGGUUUCAAUAUCAAACCACUUUUUCGCAAAAUUGCUGCUGCAUUGCCAGGGAUGGAAACCCUUUCUUCGACAAAGCAAGAAGAUAUGGUUGAUGUGAAUCUAAAGCCUACCGUGAAUUCAUCUCAAGCUGAGCAACAAGGAGGAGGAUGUGCUUGUUAAAAAUGUAUUUUCCUAAAAUGAACAUAAAAUGACAUGAAAAUAGAUA